AUGCUAAAAGUUAUUUUCCUUUUCCUAUUAACGGUUUUGGAAGAAGGCUUACUGAUAUAUAUUCCACGACCCUUUGCACCGGGUGUUACCAGGCGUCAUGGAGUGUACAUUGAGAAAUGGUCCGGUAUUGACACRUUUGAGUUGAAAAAGCUUACAAAUAACCCACGGUUUCCAUACYUACCAACCUGGCGUGGUUAUGCUGAYUCCUUCCACCAAAUUGAAAACUGGGGAGAAAAUUUCGGCACACGAAUACGUUCUUAUUUUGUGCCUAAAGAAAAUGGAACACAUCAAUUUUUCAUCGCGAGUAACGGUGGAAGCCAGCUGUUUUUCAGUCGAGACACCAACCCUGCACACAAGUCCUUGAUUGCAUUUAUUGGUGACAUGAGAUACACAAAACCGAAGGAAUAUAACAAGUUUCAAGAACAAAAGUCGUAUCCAAUCGUCUUACAGCAAGGACAGUACUAUUACAUUGAGACGUUGAUGAAAGAGUUUUAUGGAGGAGAUCAUAUUUCCGUAGCCGUUAAAACACCAAGUGGUCAGUUUAUUGCGCCAAUUUCAAAGGAAUAUCUUUGGACUGCAGUUUAUUCUUAUAAUUCUCAAUAUAACUCGACGUUACAAAGAAUGCUAUUAAAGAUCGUAGCAAGGGCUGGGGCGCGUGCAGGCAAGUACGCAGGUGCCCAUUACGGAUACAAAGCUGGAGCUGAAGCAGGAGCCAAAGCUGGUGCAAAGGCAGGAAAAAUUCUAGGUGCAGAAGCUGGUGCCAAGGUUGCCGAGGCUGCUACGCGUGAAGCAGUCACUAAGGGUUUAAAUCAAGUGCUCACGAACUAUUACCGCAGCCGUCAUAUUGCACAUGUCUUCUUUUUUAGCCCUGAUGGACGAAUUAUCUCUACAAAUAUUGCACAAGUAMCCAAUAGUAAUGGCAAUAUUCCGGCCGCUAUGUGGAAUGGAAUUGAUCCCUCUGGCAAAAAUAUGACAAGUGGAGCUGGUGUCGACCCAUCUACUAGUAGAAAUACAACUUCUGGAGCAGUGGAUCCAUCAAGCUCGAAAGUGGAUCCAUCAAACUCAACAGUUGAUCCCUCAAGCUCGAAAGUGGACCCCUCAAGUUCUGGAACAAAGGCCGGAAAUACUUCUUCAAGUUCAUCUUCGUCAUUAUCAUCAAGUUCCAUGUCUAAGGCUGCCGCAACUCUUGCCUCAACGACUGACGUUGUUGCUAUUGGUAUAGAUCACCUCAACUUAGGCGGUACUAGUCUCGCUGGUGCCCAGGGGAACAUUACUCGCGAAAUUUCUAAGGAAAACAAGAUCUACUCAUAUCAUGUAAAGCCAGGUGAAAACGUUGGUGAUAUGGCAAGAAAACUAGUUUAUCGAGAUGGUCCAGCUAGUAAAUUGGUAUAUGAUGCAAUGUACCGCAUCCAUUCCUUAAACUGGCCAGCCCUUCAAGAAAACAAGUCCUUGAAUCUGUGCUUCAAGUCUAUGCAAAGUAAAAUCAGUCUUCAAGGUCUUUGUCACUAUUUUAUUGCCAGGCAAGGCAAGAGUAUACGACAAUCCGACACACGAUCGGCUAUAAUGUUAGAGUCUGCCUGCGCGAAGAACUACUUUUUAGCGCAGAAAAAUUUCCGAUAUGUGCUUCUUCGGAAUGAUGGGAGUUAUCGCUUUCGGAAAAGUGCGAAUCUUUAUCCUUACAAAUCUACUACUUACCCUUCAGCGUUUAACUUAGCAUCAUCUCAYMAUAAUUGGUUCCUUUGUGAAAGCAAUGAAAACCGUGGUAUCCAUGGUACCGCAAUUGUCAUUAUGUUCCCUAGUAAAGGAGACGACUACUUGAAACUCUGCACAUUUGCUUUUAUACCAAUACCAAAAGGCGCCAAUGCUAAAGAGAACUGCAAAAGUGUAUUGGAAACUCCACAUAUUGGGAUACCUGGACACAAAUGGAGACCAGACAAACAGCCUUUAAUGAAAAAAAGCCAGAACACAAAAUGUAUUGCUCUCAACUUUAUCAACAAUGCGGGUGUUCCUUUUAAAAUCACUUCGAGUCUCAAGCGUCAAGAAUACUUAGUUACAGACGAAAACAUGCGUCUAAAAGCCAUCAUMAAAAGACCUGAACUUCAUCGCCACGUUGUGUUUAGAGCCAAGGAUCCAGAAAAUAAAUUUAUAUUGAAUAUCGAGGGUGAUCCCAGCAUCAUCGUAACACCGUCUUACGAUUGCAAUAAAUACGUUUCCGUUAGAGUCACAGCCAAACCAGUCCCUUCGACACCAGCACCACAGGAACCCAUAACAGCCAAACCUCCUGUUCAUUACCAUUACCAUUAUCACAACGCCUCUCAAGGUCAACACACACCGCAAGCGCAAGCACAAGUGUUGCCUUCAGUGACGGUGCCCCAAGCAGCCACACAACCAG